GUUCGUUCUGUGUUAGGUAUGUAUAAUUCGGGUAUUUUUGGUCACUCACAAUAACUAACUUUUAGUCAAGAAGGCCUACUACUACCUAUACAGGUUGAUUCAAAAUACAGUGGCAAUAUUUCUACAUUGACAGCUGGCUUAUUCCAUGAUUGACAGGUGGAUCAGGAGAAAACAUCCAGGGUGUCCUUUGGUACACUCUGUUUAUCUUUAUGUCAUGCGCAUAUUUUCUUGUGAAAUGUUCUGGAUCUCCGAGCUUUGACAUUCUCUGAUAAAACUAAACUAAAACUUUAAGGCUAAUUUUUGUACACGAUAUCCGCUGUUGGACAAGUUUCUAGCGUUGCUGAGGCACACUCAUCGCCAAUAUCACUUUCACAUUGUCUGAUCAUAUAAGGUCGACUCUCAAGCUGUAGGAACUCCAUAAUUCGUUCUUUAUCAUUCAAAUUAUCAAAAAUCUCGUUAAUACGCUGCGGAAUAAACAAACAGGAUGAAAAAGCAUAACAAUGGCAAAAUCACAAAAUUGCAAAUGUCUCUGACAACUCUUAAGACUUAAGUAGGGUGUAAUGACUUUGAGCACGAACUACUCGAAAUACGUAGGAGUAUAUACCUUCCUCGCAUGGGUAAAAUUGAAAAUACUCACUAUAUACUCCUAAGCAGCACGAUAUUCUGUUAAUUUUAAUUCCUACGUCUACCGGCAAUCGCGAUAAAUUUUGAAAUUACAUAUAUUUUUUGGAUGUUAUAUGACAUGUACACCACGAAACCUUGUUUUUAUUUCCGUCGGAGUGUCUGUUGAUCUGUAUAUCGGUAUGUAGGUAUGUUGGUCUGCCAGUCGGUCUGUCCGCAAAUCCUUGCUCCGUCUAUAAAUCGGAAAGCACUACUCGGAUUUGAAUGAAAUAAUUACACAAAGUCACAACCUACGCCUAGGACGAAAAAGCUUUGUAGAUUUUGAAAAUCGGUCUAGUGACGGCGCAGAAAAAUACCAAAAAUUCAAACCUACGAAUCGCUAUACUUCAUUUCUUGACGUAUCAGAGAAUACUACACAUUUUUGUAAGAAAUUUGAGCGGUAAAGCAUAUGGGGUGAACGUUUUAGGGGGAUGGGGGAGAGGGUGAGCGUUAGGAUGUAUCGCAAUUUUUCGAUGUAAGUAUAUUAACACACUCCUCCCCGAAAGCUCUACGCACCUAUAUUCACAUUUGGAUUUCCCCGUACAUUUGCCCUUAAAACCUAGAAAUAUAGUCUUCAACGGUCGAAGUGCCGGUCUUUUUCGCAUGACUGACGUUGUGCCGCAGAGCCGCGUCUGACUCAUCGUGGGAUUAAGGGGUUCGUAACAAGUUUUUUUUCUCGUUUGGUCUAACUUAAACAUGCUGUUUCCGUUCGUCCGAUCAAAGGUAGCCAACCAUGGACAGCUGCUUUGUGUUUUUGUGCUUUUUUGGCAACUCAUCAGCAUGGUCUGGCAUUCGUCUCUGAAACAACGAACGGAAGUAUAGCAACUACUGCUUAUACAGGAUAUGCCGCCGCCUCAUGUCGAUAUGAUCUAAAUUGUGCUGAACACAACCCUUUAUGACUUCGUUUUGCGAGAAGUCAACCUACUUGACGCUAUUUCUAAUAUAAGUUAUGUGCUUUUGUGUGUUUUAUUAUUGAAGUGAAAAAUUAUUACCACCAUGUGCUCACAUAAAAACAAUAGUUUAAAAUUCGUCAAUGGGUGAGCUUUAGACAAACAUUUGUAAACUUGAGCUUUAAUGAAAAAUCGUGUUCUAAAAUGAAAAAAGAAAUGUGGAUGAAAAGCUUAAAGCACAUAUGCUAUAAAAUAUGUAACUGCAAAAAUCUCAUCGAUGCAAUUAACUUGAAAGGCCCCGCUCAUAGACCCACAUCAUUUGAGAUCCUUUUUAGACCAAAAUUUGUUUCUUAGGUAAAUGGGAUACGUAGAUCACGAUCUGAUGCUAGUUCUGCAUUGAGAUUAACGAGAGGCAUUAAGAUUUGUUUAUAGAAUAGAACAAUUGUUUCAAUUGGGUAAUUGCCCAUAGUACCGGGAUCAGCAUACUGUGAGGAUUACAAUGAAAGUAUUCAAUGUCAGCCUGAGGAAAGCCGUAGAAUGGUUCCUGAGAAGAUUCACAGUUGAUAGGUUCACACGAUACGUGUUUAGGGUUACUUAUAAUACCACUACUGUUUAGGUAAGAACCUAACAAUAGACUGGCCUAGGGCAUCAAAACACUUGACCCGGCACUGUGUAUGCAUAUAUGAAGAUGAAGUUCGAAAAAGUACCUACAAUGGAUGUUGAUGACCUAGUGGCAUCGAUACAACGGUUCAGUUGGCCCGAUUAUGCUAUGUUCGUGCUAUCUUUAGGUAUAUGUCUUGCGGUUGGAAUAUACUUCGGAAUUUUUGCUAAGACGAAAAAUGCCCAGGAAUAUUUAGUCGGUAGUAGGAGCAUGUCUGUAUUUCCUAUAACAAUGUCACUAACAGCAAGUUGGGUCAGUGGAAUAUCUCUGUUAGGAACUCCAACGGAAAUCUACGUUUAUGGUACACAGUACAUCUAUAUUAUAGGAGGAGUACUACUAGCAACGAUAUUUAUGUCAUGGAUGUACUUACCAGUUUUUCAUGACCUCAAUCUGACUUCUAUGUAUGAGUAUCACGAAAGACGUUUUGAUAAGAAAGUAAGGUUAUUUGCAUCUAUUCUUUUCGCCAUUGGAAUGAUAAGUUGGUUACCCGUAGUGAUAUAUGUACCAGCUCUGGCGUUUAAUCAGGUUACUGGAGUAAAUGUUCACCUUAUAACACCUAUUGUAUGUACCAUUUGUAUAAUAUACACAUCUAUGGGUGGAAUAAAAGCUGUUGUUUGGACUGAUGUGAUUCAAAUAAUAAUCAUGUUUGGCGCAAUGAUACUUAUUGCAAUAAAGGGAACUUGGAAUUUAGGAGGUAUUGGAGAAGUGCUCAGAAGAAAUUGGAGUGGCCAACGAAUAGAGGGACCAGUUUUUGAUCCAAAUCCGCUGACGAGACAUACGAUAUGGUCAUUGAUAAUAGGAGGAUGCGUAUAUCUCCUUCAAAAUUCUGGUAUAGAUCAAAACAUGCUUCAGCGGUACAUGUCGUUGCCAACACUGAAAGAUGGACGCAAGUAAUAACAACUAGAGUUAAUCAUUUUUUCUUAAAUAAUCUCGGAUAUCUCUUAGGCUAUAUAUAUAGAUAAACUGAGAAAAGUUUGUAAUCUCAAAUCCGGUUAUUAUCCUUUCAAAUGUUUCUUUAAUGUCUUUCUGAGUGCGUAAAUAACAGCCUUCGACAUUCAUCACAUCUACCUCCCCUUGGUCAAAUAUUACAAGCAUAAAUGGCUUUAUUUACCUUUUUAUCAUGACGCAUGCAUUUUAUUUAACUCUGUACUUCGAGAAAAAGUAGCUAGGUAGCAGACAUGGUAGAAAAUUUAUCCCUUUAUCAUUAUCAUCAUCGUCGUCGACAUCAUCAUCAUAAUAAUCAUCACCAUCGUCAUAUCACCAUCAUCCUCAUCAUCAUAAUAAUCAUGAUCUUAAUGUCCCUUUUAAAUCGAUAUAUUUAAUUUAUUUUAGAGCAUUAUGGGGGUUUUUCUUUGGAUUAUCUGGCAUAGUGCUUAUAUGUUCAUACUGCGGAAUGAUUCUAUAUGCCACCUACUAUAAAUGCGAUCCACUGACUACUGGAGUAAGUUUCCAUAUUGGGUCAAACUGUAACACUCUUGCACACUGAUUAAAACUACAAAUUGGAGUUUAGCUAAUAUGUAUUUCUGAAAAAUAGUCUGUACGUAAGUUGGCAGCGAUCCACAAAGUUCCUUCAGGAAAUUCAAGCGGUUCAUCCAUUAAUGCAAACAAAUCCGUCAAAGUGAUGAUUCCAUUUAACCUUAUUCUACUCCAUAUUUCACCCUUGCUUUUUAAUUGUUAUUAAAGCGAGUGCUUCAUGUAUAUUCUGGGUUUACAAUAACAAUACCUCCUAAAAUACUUUGGGAUUUGAUUGCCGGGCGCUUGAAGUAAAUUUAGGAACUUUGGCUACAUUAAAACUUUCGUUUUUUUCACAUUCACCUGGCUGCAAGGAUUCUCCUGCAUAAAGGGAUGAGUGGCUUGAGAUACGAAUCCUCAUUUGAUUGAACAAAAUGAGAUUUUUUCCCGUUCCAGUUGGCCAAGCAAAAGGAUCAGUUGCUGCCAUUAUUAGUUGUUGAAGUAUUGGGGGAUUUUCCUGGACUUCCAGGAAUAUUUAUAGCUGGAAUAUUCAGUGCAGCUUUAAGGU